AAUACCACACGUGUGACACUUCCAUAUGAUUCUCUAUUUCUACAUUUAAUCUUUGGGGCAUAGAUGCAACUAAAUUUUGGAAUAACUCGUGCCUUGCGCGGAAAUCUUCCCAUACGAUGAGAACAUGUUGCGCCAAUGCCUCGCGUCUAUGUGGAAAUUGAGGUUUCCAUAUUUUCUGAGUAGGUUGUUCCUCUCGUUCUCCAUAAUGUUACACGCCUAGAUUUAUCCAUCGAAAAUACCUUCUCAUUCGAGAAAACGGUAUUUGUCCAUUCAUGCUUCUGUGCCAAAUGCUGCAAGGCAAAAGCCGUUGUUCUUUGUGGCGUUCGGUUAAUUGUUUAUAUUGAGCCGAUUUAUAUCUAUUGUGUCUCUGUUCUCGCCAUCUAAGCCGCACGGGUUGCGCUAUCGCAUAUAUUAGGAGCCUGCGGCGCAGAUAGUUGCUAAUUAAGUUUGUCACUCAUAUUUCCAUCUUGCAGAGGACCUCCGUAACGAGAUCAAAGAUGUACACCAGCUGUGCAGGGUGAAGAGGUUAUCUCAAACGCCCUUAAUUGGGCCACAGCCCAAUUAAGAGCGACUCAAAUGUCAUUACCGCUGAGAAGUACUUCUUGCCAUUUGAGUCAGCAUGUCAGAGCUAGUCAUUACGGAUUGUGGUGACACAGCACUGGACUGCCUACAGAAGUUAAUCGCAUAUAGCCAUCUCACUGGCAAUGUGCCUGAUUCAACGGAGCCUAACAACUCUAACAAGCUGCUGAUUGUGCGCAUUGUCGAGACCAUUUGCGGUUGCUUCACCGGUCCACAAACUGAUGAAAGUGUGCAGCUGCAGAUUAUUAAAGCUCUACUGACUGUAAUGACAACCCAGCAGGAGAUGAUCAACGCGUGAUCUUCGCGCGAAUGGAGACUCAAGCGGAGGAAGAGAACGUGAGGCUUGAUGGGGAACAUUAGCAGGAGGAUUCUGUCAUAGCAAACGGCAAAACUGAAGCUGAGCUUAAGUCUUAGUUAGCUAAGUCUAACUAGCUCAUCUUCAUGAAACUACGUUGCGUGCGUCUAUUUAAUGACGAUGGAUGUAGAAAGCUCUUCAAAUCACUUCGAGAAGAUUAUCAAAAGCGAUUUCCUUAUAUCGCAUAUUUAAUCAGAUGUCGUCGACAUUAGCUCACUUAGAUAGGUACUGUUUAUAUAUAAAUAUCAUUUUUGUAUGUAAUGUAUAAGUAAAUGUAAGAUGUUAACCGUUUAAUAAUAAUAUUGUUCAGAAUGUUCAGAUUAUGCGUGCGAGUUAAGUGCGAUCGGGAUGCCGCAUGCCGGGAUCGGAGCAAUAACAUUGGUCGAUUUACCGAAGUGACGUCAUUAAUCGCUCUCGGAGCGAGCAAACCCGGCCCAGUCGAAAACGCUAUUAAUUAAAAUUCUUAAAUAGCCUCUUAAAUAGUCUAACUGUUAGUUCUUUCGCACGUUAUUAUGUAACAUUAGCAAAGACUGAAUCAAAUUAUACGUAAAGUGUGGCUUAUCUUUAUUUGUAACUCUAUUGUACAAUUUCGCAGAACAUCGAAAAAAAAGAAACGUUUAGAUAUUCUAUAAUUUAUGUGUAAACAAUACAGAACUUAUAGAGAAUUGAUACAUGCGCACCUUCCUCAAGAGCCGAGACUCGAACCAGAUUCGUGAAAAAUAUCGCCACUUUCGUAGAGCUUUUGUACAGUUUUACUCUUGGAAUAUCGCGAGAGAAAGAAAGACUUCGGAGAUUUUUAUCUGAAUCGAUCGACAUAAAGAGAGAGCAUAGUAAAGAAGCUAUUAGCUUUCGAGAAUUUGAACGCAUAAUACUUUGUUAUAAUACUAUGAGCGAAUUAGUUUACGUCACUCUGUCAAGUUUUAAUAUUAAAAUUACUAAUAAUAUAUCGAUAUCGGUAGUUUAAUAAUAAUACAUUUAAAAGCGUUCAAUUUAAAAGU